AUGACCGCCACACAGCCACCCAUAUGGCACCUCGUCCAGCCGCAGGCAGACACGGAGUUCGCUGCGCACUUUGUGCAUCCGCAAGCCUUCGGAUACCCGGUCAUCACUGUGUACAGGAAGAAUGCAGUACAACAAGUACGUGAUGGCUUCUAUGCUCUGGCCGUCGGCAGCCUGACCAGUGCACUGGCUCUGCUGCCAAACAGCGUGGAAUUGCUGACAGAGCGGGCGGUCCUGCACAUCUGCAGUGGUGACCCAGCCGCAGCGGAGCUGGACACUUCCGUGGCUCUGGCACUCGACGACAGCAGCGCGGAUGCAACUUACUUCAGAGCGCAAGCGCGCAACCGGACCGGCAACAUAUGGAGCGCGGAGGCCGAUUGGCACCGUUGCCUCCUGCUCACGCGGCUCCAGGAAAAUGAGGCGCUGACAGUCAUGACUGAGCAGGAUCUGGUCGAGGCGGAGGAGUAUGUGGCCGACAUUGAGCGGUGGCGCGCGGUGACCGGUGAGGCAGGCUACAAGAAGAUGCGCACCGAGAUCAAGGACGCAUCUGCUGCGCGCGAGGCGCAAGCCGCUGAGCUGGCAAAGGAGGCCCUUGCGCAGGGGGCGUUCCUGUCCUGGCAGCGCUUCUCGGCCUUCGCGCGGCGCCAGCAGGAGGCCGUGUCCUUCACUGCCGCCGAGGACGUCAGCACCGCCGCCCCCCUCAGGAUCGAGGCAACCUGCGCGAAGGGCGACUCACCCCCUGACAGCCCUCGCAGUGUCGCCAGCGGUCUGCUGAGCGAAGCAAGCUCCCGGCCGGACAGCCCCAGGCACGCCGUCGAAGACAGCACUGCUGAUGUCAUCCACGCUGAGGUGGCGGCCAGCUGGCCGUCAACCGAGCGGUGUCACAGGGGACUGCCAGACGCGCAGCUGCUGGCCAUUGAAGAGGCGCUCAGCGAUCAGCCAAAUGACCCGGUCAUGCGCCUCGCCAGAGCCGCCCACCGCUUGUGCACCGGCGACAUGCAUGCUGCGGAGCUGGACAUUGCCACAGCGCUCGGCUGCCAACCAGAUCUACCGCAGACACACUGCUGGCGCCGGAGAGAUGAUAUGCUGCAAGACUCGCACAUGGCAUCUGCAGUCCAGGAGGUGAUGGGCCACCUCCAGAGCUUCCUGGCGGGCCCGAGGGACGACGCCAGCCUGGAAGGGACGGCCGCAGCAUGCGAAGCGUGCACAGCGCGACACGCAGAGCUGGCAGCACAGGCUCAUGCUGCCGCUGAGCUGGCGGCAUGCAGCAGCACCGCAGCUGCCGCGAAGCUGGCCCUGGCAGCCUUGCAGCCGGAAGCUAUUGUCAAGGGUAGCAGCAGCGCGCCAAUCUCAGCGCCUGCUGCCGCCACCGCCCAGCCGGCCAAGAUCAAUGAGAAGAGGAGGGGAAAGAAGAAGGGCCCCGGCCGGCGGCGC